GGCCAGCUGUUGGCUAAAGUGAGAAAGCUGAGGACCCACCUGCUAUUUUCUCAGUUUGGUUCUUCAUACUUCACUUCAGCAUGGCUAUCAAAUCAAAUCUCUAAACCUCGUGAGAGAAACAUUCUUCUGAUGGGUCCUCCUGGAGCAGGGAAAACCUGUGUUGGACGUAUUGUGGGACAGAGGCUAGGGAUGCCUGUUAUUGAUAUAGAUGACGAUGUUCUCGAAAGGACAUGGGGGAUGAGUGUGGCAGACAAGCUAUCUGAGAUCGGCGGAGAUGGUUUCAUUGAAGAAGAAGGUAAAGCGGUAUGUAACUUCACUGCUACAGGAAGUGUUAUCUCACUAACCGGCUCCAAUCCAUUGCAUCCAGAUUCCAUGCAGCAUUUGAAGCGAUCCGGACUGGUUUUGUAUCUGGAUGUGGACACAGAAGAUAUCAUGCAGAGACUCUCUCGAAUGAAGGUGAAUAGGAUUGUGGGUCAGGAUGCUGGUGUUUCUAUGACAGAGAUAUUACAGUACAGGAAAGAGUUUUACGAAAAAUGGCUGGAUGCACGAGUCCUUUGUGGGACGGGAGACUCCAUGGAGGAUGUGGCUGAUAAAGUCCUGAGGACUCUGGGUAGAUAUGAGGAUUCAGAAUCAGAGCUGUUCAUUUCAACAAGGAGCCAAAUGUCAAGUGACUCCAAGUUCUUCAGUGAUGCUGUCAUAGAGGGUCUUGCACCAGAUGGAGGGCUUUAUGUACCAAAGAAAGGAUUCCCCAAACUGGAACCUUCUGAAUGGUUGAGAAUAUCCAGCAUGCCAUAUGCAAUGAGAGCUGUGGCCAUACUGGAAAACUGUAUCCAUCCUAUGGAUGUGUCCCCUGUAGAAUUGAGCUCAAUGGUGCAUCGCGCUUAUGGCCAGAACUUCGCCAAUCAAUUGGUUGUACCUCUAAAGCACCUCACUGAUCAUCAGUACAUUCUAGAACUCUUUCACGGCCCCACUGCUUCUUUUAAAGACCUGGCACUGCAGUUAAUGUCUCAGCUGUUUGCCCACUGCCUUCCACAGAUGUGCAACUACCUGAUUCUAGUGGCCACAUCUGGAGAUACAGGAAGCGCGGUGCUAAACGGUUUCCAGAAUCUUAAAGACAGUGACCGUAGGAGGAUUGGGGUGCUUGUAUUCUUCCCUGAGAAAGGAGUGAGUGAGAUUCAGAAGCUACAAAUGACAGGAUUUCAGGAGGACAAUGCCAAGUCCAUUAGUGUCCUGUCCGACUUUGACUUCUGCCAAAGGAGCAUUAAACAAAUGUUUGGGGACUCGAGCUUGAUCGGACAUUUAGCUGUGGAAUAUGCCACGGUUCUCAGCACCGCAAACUCGAUAAACUGGGCUCGACUGCUUCCUCAGGUGGUCUAUCACUGCUCGGCAUACAUGGACCUGCUUAGAAAUCGCACGUUGACAUUUGGAGACCCCAUUGAUGUGUGCAUCCCUACUGGAAACUUUGGCAACGCCAUGUCAGCCCUGUAUGCCAAACAAAUGGGAAUUCCCAUACGGAAGGUGAUCUGUGCGUCCAAUCAUAACUGCGUCAUAUCCGACUUCAUCGCUAGUGGAGCGUAUGAUCUCCGCAAAAGGAAGCUGCUGGUUUCAAACUCUCCUGCCAUUGAUAUCCUGAAAUCCUCGAACCUUGAGAGGUUCAUCCAUCACGCAUCCGGCGGGGAUGGGAGUCUGGUCAGAGAUCUGUUUUUGAAUCUAGAAAGAGAUCGUUUUUUUAAAGUAUCAGAGACUUUAUGUCAGAAGAUAAAUCUGGAAGUUCAAGCUGGUUGGUGCUCAGAAGAUGAUUGUUUGAGAGCCAUACAUGAGGUGCACGCAACAAGAGGCUACAUAAUGGACACUCACACAGCGGUUGGUAAAGUAGUCGCCGAUCGUAUACAUGACAAAACCUGCCCGCUUGUGAUAUGCUCCACUGCACACCAUGGGAAGUUUGCUCCGGCUGUUUUAAAAGCCCUUCAGUGUCAAAGUAUCCCACAAGACCCUGUUGAGCAAUUGGAUAAACUCUGCACCAUUGGAGGCCGAGAGCAGAUGCAUGAAGCUCUGAUGAAGUGCAUGAAAGACAGUGGAGAUGAUUCACAUGUAGUAUGUGAGGCUGACUUCAGCAAGCUUGUAGAUGAAGUAGAAACUAUGAUACAAGACUCAUUUCUGAGAGUGCAGUGACCUGAAAUAGCUGCUAAUGUCCAGUAGAUGGUGACAUCUGUCAAGAAACCCCAAACAUUAUGGCUCAUGAAUCGCAUUUUGUCAAUUUGAACACAAGGUGGCAGUAAUGUAAUGGGAUAUAGUUUCAAUCCAUUUCAUGUUACGAACUAGCCUUAUAUUUGACCUUUUCCCAGUCGUAUCACAAAAUGUUUUAUUUUAUAGGGAUUAUAUACAAAAUUAUUGUAACAGCCUACAGUUACACAGUGAAAUAUUACU